CUGGAAAGUUUCACAUUAUUUUUAGAGUUUUCAAUUUCCAAAUACUAAUUAUAAAAAUGACGAGACAGCGUCUAUGCUGUAUAUAGUUUAGGCACCAUUCGAUCUUAUUCACUAUAUCGACCUGUCGGCGUUCAAUGUGUGUGCUUGCCAGGUUUACAAAGUUUAAGACAAUAACAGGACAUGAUGUUGAAAUGCGUUUGUGUUGAGUUGUUUAUCAUAAUGAUAUCCUUAAGUGGGGUUUAUGGAUUUUAUAAACUAGGGCAAUGUCCACAAUUUGAAAACUGUGUGAGUUUGGCGAUCAAAAAGGGAACUCUGUUCAACACGUUAGUGCAAGAAUUAGUGCCAGGUGAUAACUUGGGAAUACUUGACGCUGGAAUGGAACUGAUAUGCAGAAAUAGACCUGCAGUAGUACGUUGCUUAGUGGACAUGACUUAUCAGGAUUGUUAUCAAGCGAAACGCUUAAUGCAAGCAUAUGACAGAACUGAUUUCCAACAAAUAAGUGACGGUUUCUGCUACUACACCGAUGAAAUGUCAGACCUCUUACGAAUCGUCACAAAAGUAAACAAUCGCCAAUGGUUUUUUAGCUGCAUUGAAUAUAUGUUCAUAGGCAUUACAGAAUCAAAAACUGGUCAAACAUAUUUGGAAUAUUUUCGAUGCAGCAAAUACGGAAUUAUACCUGCAAUUGAUGAGCUUAGUGUGUGUUUUACUGAACAUUUGGAAGGUACAUGUGAUGAAGAUAUCAUCAUUUUCGUGAGAGAAAGAGCCUUAGAUAUUCAAAAGUAUUCUUGUUCGCGAGCAGAAAAGCAUAUGAAACAGCAAAUAAUGAAUAUAUUUGAAAGUUUUGUAAUUUUGAAAGAGAAAUUAGUUAGAGUGAAACGUUAAAACAAUUUUUAAAACCAAACCUACUUUAUGUAUUCUUUUAAUUUGUUAUUCAGGACAAUAUACUUGGUUAAGAUUUAAGAACAUUUAAAACCCACGUCUACGCCUCUGGCUUAACAUAUUCAUAUACAAAUGUAAGACGACCAAUUAUUGCCUCACCUAUAAAAAACGAUCAUUGAAAUAACUAUCCGAGGAAAACUCAUUUCGACGUAUAUUAGGUACAAAAACCACUUCCAAAUAAUACAUUUUGAAAGUAAAAUAUAACUGGAUUUUUCUGACAGAUUUGACAGGAGAGAAAAAAAUUAAACUGAAAUGCAAUGCAUUCAGAAUGAAAUAAAAACACGGGAUGUAAAUAAGUAUAUUUUUUACGUCUUUCUUUUUCAAUGUAUAUUUUGUUAUUAUCAAGUGAUUUUGC